UUCACAGUUGUCUGAAGAUCUUACGCUGAAAACAGCUGAAAAGAGCAAAUAGAUCAGAACCGAAGAUAAUUAACUGAUUGGGACUUUUCCACUCAGCGAAAUGGAAGUAAAAAUUUCGUUAAUAGUUGUAAUCGCGGCCGUGAGUGGUGUAGUAACCUUUGCAAGUGGAAAGCCGAUUGCUUCUGUGUCAGUUCACCCUGAUGUACAACCUGCGAGAGAGUCAGAACUCUUGGAUUUUCUCAUUAAGUAUGGCUAUCUUAGCAGCCCUGAUCACAGAAUCGGAAAAGUGACCACAAUGGAAGAAUUCAAAGCGGCCGUUAAGAAAAUGCAGCGUUUUGCUGGUUAUGAGGAAAAUGGCGACAUCUCCGACCCUAAGACAUUAGCACUUGUGAAACGAAAGAGGUGUGGAUUGGCGGACUUCGGACCGUCAGACAUAGCGAAAAGAAAACGGCGAUGGGCUCACCAGGGAACAACCUGGAAGAAAAACUUACUUACUUACCGGCUCGAAAAUCACACACCGGACAUCGCCAAAGAAGACAUAGACAAAACAAUCGCUAAAGCCAUUGAUAUGUGGUCGAACGCGAGUGGUCUGUCAAUCAAGCGAGAUGACGACCCUAAGGCAACACCUGAUAUCAAGUUAAGUUUUGUCCAGGGUUUCCAUGGCGACACCCGGCCAGCCGAUGGACCUGGAGGGGAGCUGGCUCAUGCCUUUUUUCCUCUGGGAGGAGAGGGAGAAGAAGAUCUUGCUGGUGAUGUCCAUUUUGAUAAUGAAGACAAGUUUGCUAUCAACGGUGGUGUUGGAGUUGAUUUGCUGUGGCUUGCUGUGCAUGAACUGGGGCAUAGUUUGGGCUUGGAUCACACUUAUCAUCCCUCGUCUGUCAUGUUCGCUUAUUAUCCGGGAUACUUUGAGAAGCUAAAACUGGAUAGUGAUGACGUAGCUGGAAUCCAGGCUCUUUACGGUCUUCCAGAUGUGGUCGGACCUCAACCAGACCCAACGCCCAAGACUUGCAGUGACGUCAAAGUUGAUACCAUGGUAACAACAGCUGAUGAGAAAUCCUACGCCUUCAGUGGCAAACAUUUCUGGGAAAUUAAAGACACGGGUGGUGCCUCUGGCCCUCAUGAAAUCAAAGCUCACUGGCCCGAACUGGAAGAAAACAUGGAUGCAGCUUAUACUACGAUAACACCUUUUGGACACACCAUUUUCCUAAAGGAUUCUAGAUUUUGGGUAUACAAGAACAAGGAGUACAUCCAUGGUCCGGCUAAAAUCUCGGAACUUAAUCUUCCCGAUGAGCUUGCCAAUAUGGACGCUGCAUUUCAGUGGGUACGAAAUGGAAAAAUCUACUUCUUCAAGGGCUCAAAGUACUGGAGAUUUGACAGCACAUCUGACAAACUAAAAGCGGAUGCUGGAUACCCCAGAGAUAUAUCUGUGUGGAGGGGGGUUCCCAACGAUAUCAACGCAGUAUGUCAAUGGAAAAAAAGGUCAUAUUUCUUCAAAGGAAACAAAUACUACGCUUAUGACGACAAAGCGGUGCAGCUCUUGAAGGAUAAUGAGAACCCUUAUCCCAGAGAUGUAGCGUUAAACUGGAUGGGAUGUGUCCAACCAGAGGUCGAAAUUAAACCAGUGGGGGCUGCCUUUGGUCUGUUGCCAAAUGUAUUCCUCUUUAUGGCAACAUUAGUUAUAACAUGGUUGUUUUAAAUCAAACGCCCCUCAAUUAAAAGAGACCAGCUUUCAUUUAAAAUUGUACGCUACUUCUGCACGUGUCGAAGUAAAGAUGGCAGAAGCGUAUCAAAAAAGGAGUCAUGUAAAGAAGUAGAAAUUAAUUCGACUUUUACAAAGGUUGUAGAUAUUGGUAUAUAUUGGUUCCCAAUGGAACAAGUUCAAUUGUUAUUUAAGUUAUUGUUGUGAAUAUAAUUUAUUUGAUGCAAAUAUGUUCAUAUCGAGACAAAAGUUCAUAACGAGCUGAUUGAUACAGCUCAAACAUAAUAAAUAUUGAAGUUUUGAAAUAUA